AUGUAAAAGAAAAUUCUAUUCCUUUCAGCUACCCUUGCUCUAAUAAACGUCGCCCAUGCUGGCGCAGCUUUCGGAUCUUGCGCCAAAGUUGAGCUCUAACAAAACUUCGAUGCUACAAGAUAUGUAGGAACCUGGUUUGAGCAAGUAAGAGACAAGUCUCUUCCAUUUGAAAAAUAUGAUUGUUAGCAAGCAAUAUACAGCCUUCAGGGAGAAGGACUUCUUGUUCACAACACUUAAUACAAUCCAACCUCAGGUUUAGUUGAGGAAGCUUAUGCUAAUGCCACUUGUAAGGGUGCUGCCUGCGAAGUCAAGUUCAACUGGUACUCUCCAGCUGGAGAUUACAGAGUUCUAGACACUGACUAUGAGAAUUACUCUCUCGUCUACUCAUGCACUAACAUAUUCGGAUUGAGCAAAUUUCACUUUGUUUGGCUUCUUACCAGAAAGCCUGAACUAACAGCUGAUAUAACAAAAAAGGUUACUGAUGUCCUCAAGGCUAGAGUUUCAGACUACGAGUUUUCAAACUUCCAUGUUACCAAACAACUCGGUGAUUGCAAGUAUAUUCAAUGA